AUGACUAAAAUGCAAGGACAUACAUUAGAUACCCAAUCUCCCUCACAAGUUAAUCAGUUCUCGCAGCCUCUCACUUUGGAUACAUCAGAACCAACAACACAAGAACAUUUAGAAAAUUGUAAUCACGAAUUGAGACACGAAGAAGCUCAAGAAAUUCCUCUAGAUUUUAGCGUUAUAAAGCAUGGAAUUAAAAAACAUUUAACUAAAAAUAAAACAAAAUCAGUCAUUUGUACUUCAUCAACAAAUGAACUAGAAGAAACUUCAACAUGUUACAAACACAAGGCAUGUGAACAGCCGCUCCCUUUAACUACUACAAUUCCUGAAAGCCUUCCUCCACCUAAAGAAUUGCCUCACCCCUCACUUGUCUUUCCUGAGAGAAAAACUGUUUUGGAAAUUACUGGACCCCCUCUACCCUCUUCUUCAAUAAAUUCUCAACUAUCUUCACUUUCUUCUCUUUGCUGCCAACAUGGUAAACACCAACAACCACAAACAACUACAAAUUCCUCUUCUAUUUUCCGCCCUCUCGCAAAUUUUUUACUUUCAAAAUCAGAACAAAAACAUCACUAUUUAACCGGAUUGCUUAAUCCUAUUGAACCACAAUUAAAUUUAAAAGUAUCCGAAGAAAAGGGAAAAGUAGAUGAAGAAAUACAACAACCCUCAUCUUCAAAACAAAUUAAUUCUGCAAACAAAGGCAUCUUUUUAAACUAA